CGUAAACUGCAUACAGAACGGGAUACUAACUGCAAACAAUCCACAAAUAUCAAAAUACAUACCGACCAUCGGUAUAAAUUGUGCUAGUUAUUGGUGGAAUAGCUACAUCAUGGCAGUCCCAGCCAAAAUCGUACUAAAAAGUGGAACGAAGAUGUCGCUUAAUGACAGAUUUACCAACAUUGUCAAGACGCCGACAUCACCGUCCUCACCCCAGGCUAUCCGGGCCAGAAUGGCGGAGGCCCAGCAAGCGUCCUCAGCCAAUCGGAGGCUAGCACAGCAAAUGGCAAACAGACCUACCGUACAGGCAGCUCUGAAAAUCAAAAAGACCAGCUUGAAACAGCGUUUGGGUAGGACCAAUGUGAAAGCCAGGUUGAAUCUGAGCGCUGUCAGAGGGCGGGGUCGUGGUGGAGGAGGUGGAGGAUUCACCAGAGGACAGAGGGGUGGUGGACGAGGACAGAGGGGUGGAUCCAGAGGAGGUCCGAGUGGAGAUGCAAUGAGUCCUAGAGGACGUGGGCGUGGUGGAUUUGGACAGCCCAACAAACAAGGGGGAGGAUUCGGAAGUCCUAGAGGUGGAUUCAGGGGCCGAGGCAGGGGAAGAGGGGGAUUCGGAGACCGAGGGGGUCGUGGACGAGGGGGUUUCUAUGACAACUCUAGAAGGGGACGUGGGAGAGGGGGUAACCAUGACAACAUGAGAGGUGGCAGAGGAAAUCGUGGCAACAGGGGAGGUAAUCGCUUCCAGAGAGGUCGUGGGGGUCGAGGUAGAGGGGGGAGGGGUCGCGGAGGGUCAUCAGGAAUGACGGCCGAGGAACUGGACAAUCAGUUAGAUGCGUACAUGUCCAAAACAAAGAGUAACCUAGACGCUGAGCUCGAUGCCUACAUGGCGGAAUCCCAGAGCUGAGCAUGAAAACUGAGGAGUUCCGAACAAUCUGACAUAAUUACCGACAAGUAGUUAGAAUUUAGAAAUAUUAACAGUGAGGAGUUCUGA